UAUUAUGUCCGGAAUGCGGCCACGGCAACAGUUUUGGUAAUAGACCCUACGAACGGAUAAAAGGCCCGUCGACGACGUGCGCAGGAUAAGCAGAAAUGCCUAUCCCCAUCUAUCGUCCCUGUAAUACCAACUCCUCCUUUACUCCAUCUGCACCGUUCACCAAUCCUAUCAUCACUACUGCCAUCUUCCCACUUGCUAAAAGCCCCAAGCCCCGGUCGGGAUCUUGCAAAAGCUUGUGUUUUUCCUUCAAAUUACCGAAAUUUAGACGGACCCGUGUUCCAUUAUGCGCUAAAAAUGGAGUCUUCGAGGAAUCUAAGGAUACCCUUUUGCCCAAAAGGCCCGAAAAUGAAGAAGCUGAAGAGCUUGAGUUACUUAACAAGCCAUCUCCAAAGCAAGUGAGCAAUGGGGCUCUUGAGGAAAUAGAGGAAAAUGAGCUGAAAACACUAGAUAAAGAUGAAAUCUUGGAGCCGUUCUACAAGUUUUUCAGACCGUUUGAGGAAGAAAGUGAUUCGGAAGGUGGAAACCUGCGUUCAGCUGAGGAGGAAAAUGAGAAGAUCAGUGUGGAGUAUUAUGAACCGAAACCGGGUGAUUUGGUGGUGGGGGUGGUGGUUUCGGGCAAUGAGAAUAAGCUUGAUGUUAACGUGGGUGCAGAUUUGUUGGGGACAAUGCUGACCAAAGAAGUGUUGCCUUUGUAUGAUAAGGAGAUGGACUAUCUGUUGUGUGAUGUAGAGAAGGAUGCGGAUGAGUUUUUGGUGCGAGGGAAGGUUGGAAUUGUGAGCAAUGAUGAGGCAAUCAGUGGAGAACCAAUGCCGGGAAAGCCUGUUGUGGAGCCUGGAACCGUUCUGUUUGCUGAGGUUCUUGGGAGGACGCUUGGGGGCCGGCCGUUGCUGUCAACCAGAAGGCUCUUCAGACGUAUUGCUUGGCACCGAGUGAGGCAGAUUAAACAACUCAAUGAGCCGAUUGAGGUUAAAAUAGCAGAAUGGAAUACUGGAGGUCUUCUUACAAGAAUAGAGGGGCUGAGGGCUUUUCUUCCAAAAGCUGAAUUGACGAACAGAGUUAACAAUUUCACAGAACUGAAAGAGAAUGUGGGACGUAGGAUACAUGUCCAAAUUACUAGAAUAAAUGAAGAUACCAAUGACUUAAUACUCAGUGAGAAGGAAGCUUGGGAGAUGAUGCAUCUUCAAGAAGGAACACUUCUCGAAGGAACAGUCAAGAGAAUUUUCCCAUAUGGUGCACAGAUAAGGAUAGGUGAUACUAAUAGAAGUGGAUUACUGCAUAUUUCAAACAUAAGUCAAGGCCGAAUUACUUCUGUCAGUGACGUACUAGCAGUUGAUGACAAGGUUAAAGCUCUGGUCGUGAAGUCAAUGUUUCCUGACAAAAUUUCUCUCAGCAUUGCUGAACUCGAAAGUGAGCCUGGUCUAUUUUUGUCGAACAAGGAGAAAGUUUUUUCCGAAGCUAAAAAGAUGGCGAAGAAGUACAGGCAGAAAAUAUCAUCUAUUUCCACGACACGCAAGCCAGAAGCCCUUCCAACGGAUGGCUUGCCGUUUGAAGAUGAAGAAAGGUUGUAUUCCAACUGGAAAUGGUUCAAGUUCGAGAGAGACAGCGAGACGAGCCCAUGAUGAGGGACAUGCAGAUAGUACAAAAUAUCCGUUAAUACAUCGGACGAAAUUUAACCAAACCUCUCCUUCCUGAUGACACUCUGGAAACAAAUUCAUUUCCAUCAUAAAACAUGUUGUGAUGAAAAUGGUCAUUUUGGAUCGAACCCACCGGAGAAGAGGAAAAGAAAAAGACAAUGAAGAAAGAAGAAGAAGAAGAACGAAAGACACUGGUGAAACUUCGGUGGACGUUGAGCCGUCUUCUGCAUUUCUCCGGUUCGAUAUCAGAUUGUUGAUUCAACAUCAACUGUGCUUACUUAAAAAGCGAUGGGCUUAUCUGUACUGCAGUUUUGUAAGUAUGUUUAUAGGAGUUGUGCUGGAUAGUUUUCUGCAGAAAAUGCUGCUGUAAUAGAAAUACACUGACUAGAGCAACAUUUGUUGAACAUUUUGCAGUUUUCUCCGAAGAUGAUAAAAAGUGUUUUAUUCCAUGUAA